GGUCGAUCAGUGAUCAAUUGGUUGCAAUCGAGUGAGAAGACCGGCGGCGAGCGGUCAUGACCUCUAAAGGCGGCAAGAAGGACGAGAAGCUACCUCUAUUGAACAAAGUUUUGGAUGGUCAUGAAGAUGGCCUGGGGGACAAGACCCCGUCCGACAUGGCGGGGUGCUUUGGCAACGUCUUCUUUUCCUGGCUGACCCCGAUGCUUGAUCUCGGGAACAAGCGCCCGCUCGAGUUCGACGAUUUGUAUCAACUUAAUGUGAACAACCGUGCCGUGCACGUGUCAUCCGUGUUCAAGAAGCAGUGGGCGAUCGAGGCGGCUAAGAUCAAGCCCCAAAUGUGGAAGGCGCUCGGUUGGUCGUUUGGGGGACCGUUUGUUGGCGCCGGGUUCCUCAAGCUGUUGCACGACUCACUGCAGUUUGUGGGGCCGAUGGUGAUCAAGUACAUCAUUGCAUUCCUGAGCGACCCAACGGCCCAAGUCAGCACUGGGCUGUGGUACGCGCUCGCGAUCUUCCUGGCCGGCGUCGUGCAGUCGUUUUCGUUGCGCCAGUACUUUUUCUUGUGUUUUCAGACCGGGAUGCGCUUUCGAUCGGCCGUUGUGACCGCCGUGUACGAAAAGUCCCUCGUUUUGUCUGCGUCUUCUCGCGCAAAGAAAUCGACGGGCGAGAUCACAAAUCUCAUGAGCAUCGACGGCGAGCGCCUCGAAGACUUGCCGUCCGACUUGCACGCGCUCUGGUACGCGCUAUUUCAAAUCAUCGGUUCGUCCUACUUGCUGUACCUGCAAUUGGGCUACGCGUUCUUGGCGGGCGUAGCCGUCAUGAUCCUCAUCAUCCCUGCCACGGCGAUUGUGUCCAAGGUCAUGCAAGCCUGCCAAGCGUCGCUGAUGCAAGUGAAGGACGAACGGAUGAAGGUUGUGUACGAAGUACUGAGCGGGAUGAAAGUGAUCAAGUUCCAAGCGUGGGAACUGUCCUACUUGGACCGGGUCAUGGGCUACCGGUCGACCGAGCUCCAGCGCCUUCGAACGUACAAGUUUGCCAGCGCCGGGACCGACAUGAUCUACAGUGGGCUGCCUGCUAUGGUCGCCGUUGCGUCCUUCCUCGCGUAUAUUUACCUCGGGAACACACUCGACAUCGGGACAGCCCUGACGUCGAUGGCGCUGUUCAACAUCUUGCAGUUUCCGCUGUUCAUGCUGCCCCAUGUUGUCAACACAUGGGCGGAGGCUCAAGUGAGUUUUGGACGGCUGGAAGAAUUCCUCCUCAUGGACGAGCGUGAACCGGUGACGGCGGGACCGUUGAAGGAAACGUCCAUCUUGGUGCAGCACGCCGAUUUUGAAUGGGAUGCGGCGCAGCACGACAAGACAGACGCGCCGCCCACAGACACGCCUGGGCCAAUUCUGCACAAUGUCAACUUGAAGCUCACCGACGGCAACCUGGUCGCCAUCGUUGGAUCCGUCGGGUCGGGGAAGAGUACUCUGUUGUCUGGCAUUCUGGGCGAUGCUCGUUGUGCCAGAGGCCAAGUGCACCGGUUUGGGUCCGUGGCGUACGUGAGCCAGCAGCCAUUCAUCCAAAACGCGACGCUGCGCGACAACGUGACGUUUGGCCUCCCGUUUGACCACGCCCGCUACCAGAAUGCGAUUCAGGUCAGCAGCUUGACGGACGACCUGAAGAUCUUGCCGGGCGGCGACCUCACGGAAAUCGGCGAAAAAGGCAUCAACUUGAGUGGCGGCCAGCGUACUCGAGUCGCCAUUGCCCGUGCCGUGUACCAAGAUGCCGACAUGUACCUGCUGGACGACCCGUUGGCGGCCGUGGAUGCGCACGUCGGGUCGGACAUCUUCAAGCAGUGCAUCAAGACGGCGCUCAAGGGCAAGUUGGUCGUGUUGGUCACGAACGGGUUGAACUUUUUGAAAGAUUGCGACUCGAUCGUUGUGCUGGAGCAAGGACGCGUCGUGGAGCAAGGCACGUACCAGAGUUUGAUGGACUCGGCCGAUGGCGUGUUGGCCAAGAUGGUGACUUUGUGCCAAGAGCACGCAGCGGAGAAUGAUGUAGCCUCUCCUUGCACGUUGACCGGAGUCGAACCAUUGCCAGAUGGCGCCGAAGAAGUCGAGCGCCGUGAGCGGACGGAAUCGAAUCGCAGUGACACAGACGUCUUGAGCGCCAACUCGACCCUGAUCGCAGACGAAGACCGUAGCACUGGCGACGUGCCGUGGCCGACUUAUGUGGUGUACAUGGCGGCCUGUGGUGGCGUUGCCAGCAUUGCGUUUGUGGUGCUUUUGUUCGUAGUGACCAACAUGACGUCGUUGUCGGCGACCUUCUGGUUGUCGUACUGGAGCGAAUACGCUGUGUCGGACUCGGUGCAUUCGCAGACGUACUAUCUAUCCAUCUUCAUCGCUCUCAAUCUGGUGGCCAUCAUGCUCAUGUACGUUCGCAGUUUGGUGUUGUAUUUGGUGGGUUUGGCGGCGUCGAACAAGAUGUUUCGAGACCUGACGGGUCGCAUCCUUCGCGCGCCCAUGUCGUUCUUCGAUACGACCCCGCUUGGCCGGAUUGUGAACCGCAUGAGCAAGGACGUGUACACCAUAGACGAAGGGCUUCCCGACAACUUUGGAAUGCUCUUUGGCACGGUGUUUAACGUACUCACGACGUUGUGCACGGUCAUGUACGUCACGCCAUGGUUCACGGUGGUGCUGGUUCCGAUCGCGGUCAUUUACGCGUCGAGCCAGCGGUACUUCAUCAAGUCGUCGCGGGAAUUGCAGCGACUCGACAGCAUCUCACGUUCUCCUGUGUGCUCGAUGCUCACGGAAACAUUGGAAGGGAUGGCGACAAUCCGAGCGUUCGGCGUCGAAAAGGUCUACUCGGCGCGCAACGAGUCGCUCUUGGACCGAAACCAACGCGCGUACUUUUUGAAGUUUACGUCCAACUGCUGGCUCGCGCUUCGCCUCGAGUUUGCCGGCACCAUGGUCGCGACCGGUGCUGCCUUGUUUGCUGUCUUGGGUCAUGAAACCCACGCCGGCGUCACGUUUGCAGGGCUUGUCGGAGUCGCUCUGUCGUACGCCUUCGAUGUGACCCAAAUGUCGAGCGAAUUCACGCGUAUUCCACGAUGGAAGUGGAGGCCGAGUUGA